AUGUCUCAGGAAAUGUCCGUCACACUCAUAAACCAUCACACACCAUUGAAAAGAAAUCUUAGCUUUUCAGCAGAGAAUCGUAGUUUCUCAGCAGACAAUCGCAAUUUCUCACCAAACGAAUUUAGCUCUUCAGCAGACAAUCUUAGCUCCUCAGCAGACAAUCUUAGCUUCUCAGCAGACAAUCGUAGUUUCUCAGCAGACAAUCGCAGUUUCUCACCAAACAAAUUUAGCUCUUCAGCAGACAGUCUUAGCUCCUCAGCAGACAAUCUUAGCUUCUCAGCAGACAAUCGUAGUUUCUCAGCUACCAAUCGCAGUUUCUCACCAAACAAAUUUAGCUCUUCAGCAGACAAUCUUAGCUCCUCAGCAGACAAUCUUAGCUUCUCAGCAGACAAUCGUAGUUUCUCACCAAACAAAUUUAGCUCUUCAGCAGACAAUCUUAGCUCCUCAGCAGACAAUCUUAGCUCCUCAGCAGACAAUCUUGGCUCCUCAGCAGACAAUCUAAGAUCCUCAGCAGACAAUCUUUACUCAUCAGCAGACAAUCUUGAUUCCUCAGCAGGCAAUAUAAGCUCCCCAGCAGACAAUCUUAGCUCCUUAGCAGACAAUCUAGGUUCCUCAGCAGACAAUCAUGGUUCCUCAACAGACAAUCGUAGCUCCUCAACAUCCAAUCUUAGCUCCUCGGCAGACAAUCGUAGAUUCUCAGCAGACAUUCAUAGCUCCUCAACAGACAAUCUUAACCCCUCCAGAGAUAAUCUUAGCUCCUCAGCAGACAGUCUUAGCUCCUCAUCAGACAAUUUUGGCUCCUCAGCAGACAAUACUAGAUCCUCAGCAGACAAUAUUAGCUCCUCAGCAGAGAAUCUUGAUUCCUCAGCAGGCAAUAUAAGCUCCCCAGCAGACAAUCUUAGCUCCUUAGCAGACAAUCUUAGCUACUCAGCAGACAAUCUUGGCUCCUCAGCAGACAAUCUUAGCUACUCAGCAGACAAUCUUGGCUCCUCAGCAGACAAUACUAGAUCCUCAGCAGACAAUCUUUACUCAUCAGCAGACAAUCUUGAUUCCUCAGCAGGCAAUAUAAGCUCCCCAGCAGACAAUCUUAGCUCCUUAGCAGACAAUCUAGGUUCCUCAACAGACAAUCAUGGUUCCUCAACAGACAAUCUUAGCUCCUCAGCAGACAAUCUUGGCUCCUCAGCAGACAAUCUUAGCUCCUCAUCAGACAAUCUUAGCUCCUCAGCAGACAAACUUAGCUUCUCAGCAGACAAUCUUAGCUCCUCAACAUCCAAUCUUAGCUCCUCAGCAGACAAUCUUAGUUCCUCAGCAGACAAUCUUAGCUCCUCGACAUCCAAUCUUAGCUCCUCAGCAGACAAUCACAAUCGUAGCUUCUCCGCAGACAAUCUUAAACCCUCCAGAGACAAUCUUAGCUCCUCAGCAGGCAAUCGUAGCUUCUCAUCAGACAACCUUGGCUUCUCAGCAGACAAUAUUAGCUCCUCAGCAGACAAUCUUAGCUUCUCCGCAGACAAUCGUAGUUUCUCACCAGACAAAUUUAGCUCUUCAGCAGACAAUCUUAGCUCCUCACCAGACAAUCUUAGCUCCUCAGCAGACAAUCUUAGCUCAUCAGCAGACAAUCUUAGCUCAUCAGCAGAGAAUCUUAGCUCAUCAGCAGACAAUCUUAGCUCAUCAGCAGAGAAUCUUAGCUCAUCAGCAGAGAAUCUUAGCUCCUCAGCAGACAAUCGUAGCUCCUCAGCAGACAAUCUUGGCUCCUCAACAGACAAUCUUUAA